GUCCUCAAGCUUACCUGAGCCACAGCUGCAGGAACACUGCCCCCCCCCACCACCCUCAUCUAAACACACACACGUGAGCUUGCUCUCUCUCUCUCCCUCGCUCUCUCUCUCUUUCUCACAUCCACACCUAGCUUUUCACCUGGCGAGUGCGGGCAUAGCGGACGGCAUGCGCAGCAGCGGUGGCGGCAGCAGCAGCAGCAGCUCUCUCUGCUCCCGUCAGGCUCUCUGACUUGCCUCCUACUCUGAGGAAGGACUUUGGAGCUAUCCGUCCCCAGAAGCUUUGCGACGGGGCCGUCGGCUGACCCGCAGCCAGCACGCAGCAUGAUUUUGGGAAGUAUAAAUCGUGCCGGGGCAGCGGUGCCAGCAUUCUUGCGGACCCCAACAAUGAUCCAGUCCCACUUGGACAUGAAGCCCUUCCUGCAGUUCUCCAUGGAGACAACACCUCCUCCUCCCCCUCCUCCUCCACCUCCUCCACACGGCUUGAGCCUCUUCCACAACUUCAGCACGAUGGACCCGGUCCAGAAGGCGGUGAUCAACCACACCUUUGGAGUUCCACUGGUCAAGACCAAGCGGCCGGUCAUCUCCUGUAACGUCUGCCAGAUCCGUUUCAACUCGGAGAACCAAGCGGAAGCUCACUACAAAGGAAACCGACACGCCAGGAGAGUCAAAGGCAUCGAGACGUCAAAGAGUCGCUGUCAAGAUGGCGACAAACCUCAGACUGUGACCCCCACCGCCUCGCCAUCUCCUCCGGGCGCUGCCUCAGAUAGCGAGACCGGCAAACAAGACGAAACGCAGCCUCUGUCAAACGGGCUUGCCCCAGGAGCUCUCCCACCUCAGAGCGCCUCACCCGCCUCACCCUUAGAGCCACCCAGUGUACUUCCCAACCUACCCACUCCCGUCCCUCCCCCGAGCUCCACGUCUUCCACCGGCGCCAACUCCGAGUCGCCCCCGGUUCCAGCAAGCGGCCCGCCCGGCCCGGAGACGGAGGAGGACAAGGCAAAGAAGCUGCUGUACUGCUCCUUGUGCAAGGUGGCUGUCAAUUCCUUGUCCCAGCUGGAAGCUCACAAUAAAGGUACCAAACACAAAACUAUUUUGGAGGCUCGGAGCGGGCUGGGGCCAAUCAAGGCAUAUCCACGCCUGGGUCCCAAGCCCAGUGGGGAGCAGGGAGGCGGCCCGGUUGACCCCAACACUCAGGAAAGAACCUUCCACUGUGAGAUCUGCAAUGUGCGGGUCAAUUCUGAACUGCAGCUUAAACAGCACAUAUCAAGUCGGAGGCACCGGGACGGCAUGGCGGGCAAGCCCAACCCCCUCCUCGGCCGGCACAAGAAGCACAGGGGAGUUGAUCUGACGUCUUCUCUGACGUUCUCCAAGAGCCUGAGCAAAGCGUUAGGGGCCGGCCUGCUCCCCAGUCCCUUGGCCGUGGCGGCAGCUAUGGCGGCGGCCGCUUCGACAAACCCGCUGGCGCUCCGCGCGGCGGCCCCGGCGCCGCACCCGCAUCACCACCUUCUGCAAGGACCGCCCCUCAGCCACGCCAUCUUAAGACCCGCGCCGGGACCCAUCCGCACCACCCACGGACCCAUCCUCUUCUCCCCUUACUGACUCGGGCCUGAUCGGGAUCAGCCACUCCAAAAGCACACUGUGAAGACGCAGACAGCAACUGAUCCAAACUUUGAACUGAGAAAAAGUCUCUCAUAUUUCCCUUUACCUGAAAUUCUUCCUCCAUUUCUGAGACUUCUGCGAGACCUUCAGAUGGAAUGGUCAGAGAUGAUUAUUCAUAAGGGGUUGAAGUUCCUGGCACAUCCUGACCGACUCUCCUGGCAGUCCCAAAUAGCUCCAAAAAAGAAACGCAUAUCAGAACCACGUGUCACUGCACCGUGUUGUUUCUUUCCUGUCAUCAUGACAAAAUGUGCUCUUCUCAUCCUAUGCACUUCCCCAAAAAAACAUUUGCUUUUUGGUAGAUUUGCUGUGAUAGUCCCCUUUUUUUUUUUGCGCCGGGGUGUUUGCUAGUAAUAAUACACACGCAAGUCGUAAAAACAACAAGAGAUAAUGUCGCUCACAGAGAAGCUCGAGUGAGAAAAGUCUUAGCGCAGGUUGUCGGAUUGGACGAAUCUGCAUUUCCAAAAUAGAUGGUAUCAACAAAAACAUUUCCACAAAAACCAGAGCAGGCUGGGACGUAGAAAUCUCCAAAUUGGAACAUAAUCCGACCACUUCAAAAUUGUUCACUUUUAAAUAAACAACAUAGCAUUCACGAUUUACAAAAAGUUGGGAUUCUGGAGGGCAUUUUUGUUUCAUCCUGCAAUUUCACCUAAUUCUUUCUUUAUAAAAACAUUCCACACAAGUAAAGAAGGUUGCCUGACAGUGACGAGUUAGAGCCAACAACCGGUGGGCCGAAAGGUUACACUGCCACCUACUGGCGCUUGCUUUGUACUGCAGGAAUUAUCGGGCCAGCUAGUCGCAUAUUAGCAUCUGCUUGGGAAAGUCAAAGUAUGCACUGAAAUGGCAACUGCUGUAUUUCCAUGUUCUCUUGGAAAGACCUUCGUCUCAUCAAGCCGUGGGUGCUGAGGUUGCAACACCAACUUGUUACAUUUGGGUUUGGCAAAGUCUGGCUUUUUCCCCCCCCAAGCCUGCUCCUUCAUCUUCCACCUCACCAAGCCUUCCUUUCAUGGAGCAAACACAUGAAAAUCCCAAACCUGAGUGAAAGAAGGAGCGAUCGGAUAGAAGCCAGAUACAUGACUUGAGCAAUGAUCGACAAUUGGACCAGAACCGCAGUGAAGUCAAGUUAAACACUUUUCUUCCAAAAAGCCAUGAAAUGCACCGUGAUUUGUUUUCCUCUGCAUGGUGAGCGCUUAGUUGAGUUCACACAGUUCACUUUGACUUCAGAGCACCAAAAACAAAGAGAAGAAUGAUGACAUUUUGGAAAGAGGGAGGGGAGCAGCGAUUGCCGCAACUGAGCUCCGGACUUGUUCACUGUGCCGCCUUUCUUUGAGAAGCAAUGAAUUCUAAUGUUUUAGUCUUUUUGUCUGAAUAAUGCAAAGCCACGAGCAUUUUGUUGUUGUUGUUGUUUAGCUUUGUGACAUGUCAUUCAGAGUCGUACAUGUCAACCAGGAGCACGCCGAUAGAUUUUUUUUCUUCCAUGAGGGUUGUGAACCUUCCCCGGGCUUCCUAAACUGGACUACAAAGAUGGAAUUGGGUUCAUAUUAAAGAACUUUUUUUUUUUUUUGCUUAGCUAAUGUCUGCUUUGGGAACAGGGUAUAACGCCAGAAGCUAUGACAAAAAGCUAUGGACUCACAAAACUGGCAGAAUGGCUUUCUAGUUAGUUGUGCUGUUUUAAAACGGGAAGAUGAUCCACCUCGUCGUCAGUGUCUGAGUUUUCUUCCAGGGGUACGUGCUCUCCUUCUGUUCCUGUGUGAGUUGAGACCUUCUCGCUCUCUUCCGGAGUUCAAAAGGUCAUAUUUGGAAGACGCGCCGUCGUCACGCGAUCCAGUGCUCCACAAACGAAGCAAUCGUCACGGUUCAUGUUUGAUAUUCACAAAAUGCUCCAAAGUACGUUGGAUUCUUAUUUGGAGAGCAGAUGUUAGCUGUUUUUGGGCUACUAGCCUUAGCCUUAUGCUGCCCUCCAUCUCUCCUGCACGGGGAGAGGCAGAGAAAAAGACACAGAGAGGCCAUGCUGUAACUUUGUCUUGCCAAUAAAGUUAUUUUUGAAUUUCACUGUCUGAUGGACAAAGACUUUCUUUGUAUGAACUGUAGCAAUACCUGAUUCCUUCCGGCUACUCUUGUUUAUUGCAAUAAGAUGAACUUGAAUCAUAUACGUGUAUGUGAGUCAGUCAUUAUCCAUGUAAUUUAAAAAAAAGAUGGAAAAUAAUGUCGCUAUAAAAAGAAAAGCAAAUGUCAAUAAAUCAUUACGCAAACAA